AUGCCGGACUCAGAAUCAACCAAUAUUGAAACCAUCACCAAGUUCGUGGCGGCCUGGUCGCGGCUGGAUGCAGAAGAGCUUGCCAGCUAUUUCGCGGAAGAUGGUUGUUAUUACAACAUACCUACACAGCCUGUGCGCGGACGUGAUGCUGUGCUGGCUUUUAUCAAAGGUUUCACUGCCAAUUGGACCAAAACCCAGUGGGAUAUCAUUCACAUCGCUGCUGCGGGGGAUGUCGUUUUCUGUGAACGUCUAGACCGCACAGAAACCACCGCGGGGAAUGUCGAUUUGCCGUGUUUGGGCGUGUUUGAAAUGCAGGAUGGUAAGAUCAAGGAGUGGCGCGACUAUUUCGAUCUACAGACGUUUAUGGGUGCAAUGUCAGGCAGCAAAUCUACACUGGCACAGCAGAUUGCGGCACAGCUUGAAUUGGAAGUGCUCGACCUGGAUACCAUCGCCUGGCGCACCGACAAUCCCACUGAACUGGCAUCGACAGAAACUGCCGUGGCUUGCCUGCAAGAUUUCUUCAACAAACACCCAGCGUGGAUCAUUGAAGGCUGUUACGAACACCUGAUCGGGCCGUGGGAGCCGCAUAAGUACACCAGCAAAGCGGAACAGGAUAAGAACCUGGAGUUCCUUCUGAGCUGGGUAAAAGAGUACUACCAUCGCACCGGUACGAUGAUGUCGAACACCUGGCGCCGAUCGAGCGCGCUGCAGAAACGCUGUUUCCAGCUGGACUGCUACCGGAACCGGGUAGCCGAAGUCGACGGCAGCGUUGUUGGAUUUGCACUGUGUAAUCUGCUGGGUGAAUACCUGCACCUGCAUGAGAUGUCGGUGCACCCUGAUUUUGGCAGGCGAGGCAUUGGCCGCGGGUUGAUUGAGGCAACAAAAACAUCCGCCCGGGACAGCGGGUUACCAGGCGUCACCCUCACGACGUUCAGUCAUAUCCCGUGGAACGGACCAUUCUACGAACGCUGCGGCUUUGUAACACUGACCGAAGCGCAACUCACCCCGGACUUAACAAAGAUACUCCAACAGGAAGACACAGACGGUUAUAUCAACAGAGUAGCGAUGCUGGCCCGGAGCCAGCACGACGUUGAGCUGUUUAACACGCUGCUAAAAGACUCAGAUGUAAUGCGCGUGAACGAACAGAUUGCCAAACAGACCGAGAAAGGUAACCUUGGUGUACGUCGUCAUCUGCUCUCCACCUCUGUGCGACUGAGUUCCGCCAUGGCAAAGACGUUGCACGCUACUGCAGACGAGUGCCGGGAGAAAUUAUCUCUGGACAUUCCGUUAGAGCUUUAUGUAUUCCCCAGCGCGAGCUACAACGCCGCCUGUGUAAAACCGGAAGCUGGCCGUCUGUUUAUCAUGUUCAGUUCUUCUAUUCUGGAAGCUUUCAGUGAAUCCGAAAUUCGUUUUGUUAUGGGCCAUGAACUGGGCCACCAUCUGUUCCAUCAUCACGACAUUCCCAUCGGCUACAUUAUGCGCGGCCAGAACAGACCCAGCCCAAGGCUGGCACUUGAAUUAACCAGCUGGUCACGUUACGCAGAAAUUUCCGCAGAUCGGGCCGGGGCGCAUUGUGCCAACGAUCUCGAAUCGGUAGCGCAUGCGCUGUUCAAGCUGGCGAGUGGAUUAAGUGGACGAUAUGCAGAAUUUUCCCUGGCGGAUUUCCUCGCUCAAGUAGACGAAAUGCAGCUGGAAGAAGCUCAGCCCGGCCAGGGUGCACCGAUGGAAGACUGGUUUCUCACUCACCCGUUCAGUCCGUUACGGGUAAAAGCGCUGAAGCUUUUCCACGAGUCCAUCUUAGCCGAUGGCGGAAGCAUGGAUAUUAAUGAGCUCGACAUGGGUGUUGAGAGCCUCAUGAGUCUCAUGGAACCCAGCUAUCUUAAAGGCAAAACCGACACCGCCGAAGCGCUGCGCAGAUUAUUGUUUGCAGCUGCCAUCGCCGUUGCAGAUGCCAGCCAGGGCAUUUCAGAAGCUGAAGUAAAAGUCUUUGAAGAAUUUUUUGGUAAGGCGGCUUUUUCCGAGCGCCUGAAUACCGAAGCCCUCAAAGCCGAAGUGGCCGCACGCAUUGAACAGGUCAACGAGUCCACCUCGAUCCCGCAGCGGAUGCAGGUGGUGAGAGACUUGUGCAUCAUGUCAAAAGCUGACGGCCGGACCACCAAAGAAGAGCGCAAUACGCUCUACGAGAUUGCAAGCGCGCUACACAUCACUCCGCUGUUUGUAGACAAGACUCUCGACGCUGACCCGGAACUCGACUGA